CAUCUGGGGCCUCUUGGCUGGUCUGGUCCUUGUCACUCAUACCAACUGUAGUGGAUUUUCCAUCCUGGAGCUUGGAACCAUGAACCAGGGCAUCUGGGUGUCCAUGCUGAUGCUCCUUUGGACUGGACAGGGUUGGACAGACACAAGGACCAUUGGGGCCGAAGAAUGUACCCCCAACUCCCAGCCCUGGCAGGCUGGUCUCUUUUUCCUUACUCGUCUCUUCUGUGGGGCCACUCUACUCAGUGACCGAUGGCUACUCACAGCUGCCCACUGCCGCAAACCGUACCUGUGGGUGCGGCUUGGAGAACAUCACUUGUGGCAAUGGGAAGGUCCAGAGCAGCUGUUCCGUGUCACUGAUUUCUUCCCCCACCCAGGCUUCAACAGUGAUCUAAGCGCCCGCGAUCACAACCAUGACCUCAUGCUGAUUCGCCUGAAGAGACCCGCCAGAUUAAAUCCAGCUGUGCAACCCCUCAACAUCAGCAAGAGUUGCGCCAGACCCGGCACCACUUGUCUGAUCUCUGGCUGGGGCGCCAUCUCCAGUCCCGACGUUGAAUACCCACUCACGCUCCAGUGCGCGAACAUCAGCGUUCUGGAGCCCCGCCUGUGCCACAGAGCCUACCCGGGGCGAAUAUCUUCCAACAUGAUUUGUGCUGGCCUCUGGGAGGGAGGCCGAGGCUCCUGCCAGGGAGACUCCGGGGGCCCGCUGGUCUGUAACGGUGCCCUGGAGGGCGUAGUGUCGGGGGGAGCCGAGCCCUGCUCCAAACCGAAGAGACCGGCAGUCUACACCAGCGUUUGCCGCUACAGAGACUGGAUCUACCAGACCAUGAAGGAUAACUCCACGUGAUUGGACUGCUCUAAGCCCCGCCCACUUCCCCAGAUUCUUUUAUGAUGCCGCCUCCCCCCCCCCCCCACCGUGGAAACUCUUCCCCGUGACGUCAAAACCGUGGCUCCGCCCUCCCGACCCCCGGAGCCUCGGAGCCCAGCCCCUCCACUACCUACCGACGAAUAGCAUCUUCUGAGCCUGUCCCUGUGGGACUCUGGGAGGAACUUCAAGAUGUGAGCCCCUCUUACCUCGCCGCCUCUAAGGACAUUAACCCUGAGAGACUCGUUUACCCGUUUCUUCACUUUGAUACGAAUUGGGGGGUGGGGGUGGGAAGGAGGGUGGCCGAGGGAGGAAGGGGAAGAAGGGGAGAGAUCUCGGAAUGUCCCAGCUACAAAGCUUCUGUCAACCGACCCAAAAGGAUCUUCUGGAACCAGAAACUCAAACCUUCCAUUUUGUGGUCCUCUCCUUUGGGGUAAAGAGAAAACAUACAUACAUCCUUCUAUGAGGCAGCGCCUCCAGAUCUUUUUUUUUUAUUUUCCCAUGAGGCAAUUGGCGUGGAGGGACUUUGCCCAAGGUCACACAGCUAGGAAGUGUUAAGUGUCAGGUCAGAUUUGAACUCCCUCAUAUUUGAAGUCAGUCCUCCUGACUUCAGGGCUGCUGCUGCUCUAACCAUGGCACCACCUAGCUGGCCCCCUCCUCCAGAUCUUGAAGACAGCCAUCUCCCUACCACCUCCUUGAUUCUUUCUUUCCCUUCGAUGAACAUUCCCAUUUUCUCCCAUCAGCCCCUGAAUUCAAGCGCAUUUUCUAUCUCAGCCACCCUAUUUUGUGGCCCCCGAAAGGAGCGCAGCACUGCAGAUGCCCCCGACCGUCACUUCCCUGCUCCGGGACUCUACAUGUCUCAAUGUACGGUGGAGAUAGACUUGGAAUCUCCACCCAGCAACUGGCACAGGGGGUGCUUGGCACACAGUUGGCAUUUAAAUAAAUACUUGUCGAGUCGAA